UGUUGCCACCUAGUGGAGAGUACACGACAUGGUUGUAUAAAGAGUAACGUUAUACGGCAAAAGGACACUUCAGUUGAUAAUUUCCACAAAUGCUACCAAGAAAAUGCAUGAGGGGUGGAGUCAGGCCUGCUUGCAGCUCAGUGGCCAAUGGAAAGGCCCCAGUAUUAACAGCAGUAUUUAUGAACAGUUAUGUUGUGCAGCAGAUUAGAACAGGUCUGGGUGAGAUGCAACAACAGUUGCAGAUGUCGAGGAUGAUUUCCCAGGUGUCCCUGUUGAGGGCACUAUGCUACGUGCUGUUAAUGCCAGGUUUGCUAGAAGCAACAUCUCUGAUGAAAGUAAAGAAUCCUGGAGGAAAUCCAGUCAACAUUGGCUUUGCUCAGGCACAUAAUUUCUUGACUAAUUCUCGACCUAAGAGGAACAUUGACCCAAAGUGGUACAGAGGCACUCCUGAUUUCCAGUCCUACUACCGAUACUACAACAGUAUUGGGCACAUUGAAGGGCUCUACGAGAUCGACAGGAUCAGGAUGUUGUAUCAGCAGAUGCGUCACUUGGAGUUGACCUAUGGCCCAGAUGCCUCCAGUUACCAAAGUGUCAUGGGUGUACUGACUACAACCGCAGCACCAUCUACUACCACUCAGCCUCCUCCCCCUCCCACCACCCCUGCUCCUACACCAGACCCUCUGGAGAAAGCUCAGAGAGUCUAUCUGUGUAACCCCAAAGAUCCGCUGUGCAAACCUCAGAUCGUCUACCUGCCAACAGGGGCUGUUCCAGUACUGUGUGACCCACGAGUCAACCCCGCCUGCAGGCCCAAAACAAGGGAGGAGAUAAAAGCUGCUGCUGCUCUUCCCCAACUACCCCCGGCUCCUCCCGCUCCCAAAAAGUCUGUCCCAGUCCCCCCUCCUGCUAUCACUGUCAAAGCUAUGGAGUACGACUGUGACCCAUACUGGGACCCUGACUGCCUCAUCGAUCACCCUCCCCGCCCCAUCCAGGAAACUACCGCACCAGAGGCCCCCACUGAAGAGAAAGUAGAGAAAGAGGAAGUAGCAAAAGCCAAAGAAAGUGUCCCUGAAGCACCAGCCACCCAGAAAGCCCCUUACUUUGACCCUUAUGAUUUCACACGUGACCUGUAUGACCCCUUUCGUUAUGCCGAUCCAGCUCCCGAACCAGAGUAAAAAGAAAUGAUAAUCCUUCUAUGCAGCAUAAGACUACAAAAUGAAAUCACAAGACCAAAACCAAGACAGGACUGUGAGCAAAUCCACGUUAAAAAACAAAGGGUACAAUUCAAAUCAUGCAAAUGAUGCAAUGUUGUACAGGACAGACAGUAGACAAUGCUUUUACAGUAUGCUCGGUUUUUCCACUUUGACUCAUCUUUUCCAUGGGUGUUCAUAAGAAAUGCACAAAAACUUUUGUAUUGAAUAAAAUCAAUAGAAAAAGAACAAAAAUGGAUUGACUACUGGUAAUAAAUAUGUGUGAAUUUA